UUGACAUGCCCUGAGCCUCCGCGUGUGUGCUUGGGCGCGCGUCUGCAUGCCUGCCUGCAGCUUUGCCCUGUUCUGGCUCCGCUCAUGCUACCGGCGGCGUUGCACACCCGCGUGUCUCCGUGUGUGCGCGCGUGUGCGCGCACAUGAGAAGAGCGGAGCGAGGGGAGGCGAGACGGUCACAUUUAUAGGAAGCGCCAGCAGUCGUUGCCAAGUGUGAAAGCAAACUCUGCCAUCUCUUGGACUGCUGCAAGUGGACAGAGCGCCUCACAUAAUGCCAUCCUUCGAUGAGGUUUUGAAGGAAGCCGGGGAGUUUGGAAGAUUUCAAAAGAGGGUCUUCUUCCUCCUUUGCCAGACAGGCGUAACUUUUUCUUUCCUGUUCGCCAGCGUGGUUUUCCUUGGGCAGGCACCUGACAACUACUGGUGCAGGAUCCCUGGGGCAGCUGAAUUAAGCGAACGAUGUGGCUGGACGCUAGAAGAGGAACGAAACUUCACGGUACUGCCCCUGCGCCUGGGGAACGGGUCCUCCGGCGGGGAGUGCGAGAGGCUGGACAUCGCGUGGGACGCCUCCGUCAGCUGUGCCAGCCUGCUCGUCCCCUACGGCAAUCACAGCGCGGGCAACCUGCCGCUCACCCCGUGCCAUGAUAACUGGGUGUAUGAACAGCCCCACUCCUCCAUCGUCAGUGAGUAUAACCUCGUGUGUGGCAAUGCCUGGAUGCUGGAUCUCUCACAGGCUGUCCUCAAUCUGGGGUUUCUGGCUGGCGCGUUCACCCUGGGCUACGCUGCAGACAGAUAUGGCAGAAUCCUCAUCUACUUGCUCUCCUGUCUCGGGGUUGGGAUAUGUGGUAUCAUAGUGGCAUUCGCACCAAACUUUACUGUAUUUUUGAUCUUCCGUUUUCUCCAAGGCGUGUUUGGCAAGGGAACCUGGAUGACAUGCUACGUGAUUGUGACGGAGAUUGUUGGUUCUGACCAGCGGAUUGUUGGGAUCGUGAUUCAGAUAUUCUUCACCCUGGGAAUUAUGAUUCUCCCUGGAAUUGCAUACUUGGUUCCCACCUGGCAGGGCAUCCAGCUGGCCAUUUCACUGCCAAACUUCCUCUUCCUGCUCUACUACUGGGUGGUUCCUGAAUCUCCACGUUGGCUCCUGACACGCAAAAAGGGAGAGAAGGCCUUAAAAAUCAUGCACAGCAUUGCAAAACACAAUGGGAAAUAUCUCUCACCACAUUACUCAGAGAUCACUAUUAGCAAUGAGGAGGUCAGCAACCCCUCCUUUCUCGACCUGGUGAGGACUCCCCGGAUGAGGAGGAACACGCUCAUCCUGAUGUAUGCCUGGUUCACAAGUGCCCUGAUCUACCAAGGGCUUGUGAUGCGCCUAGGAAUUGUUGGAGGAAACCUCUACCUAGACUUCUUCAUCUCAGGAGCUGUGGAGCUGCCUGCCGCUCUCCUAAUUUUAGUGACAAUUGAUCGCAUUGGCCGGCGCCUUCCCUUUGCAAUAAGCAACAUCGUGGCAGGAAUUGCAUGCCUCAUUACUGCCUUCUUGCCAGAAGAUAUCCCAUGGCUCAAAACGACGGUUGCCACACUGGGAAGACUGGGCAUCACAAUGGCUUUUGAAAUCGUCUAUCUUGUGAACACUGAAUUGUACCCUACGACACUGAGAAACUUUGGUGUUUCCCUGUGCUCGAGUUUGUGUGACCUAGGUGGGAUCAUAGCCCCAUUCCUGCUUUUCCGAUUAGCAGCCAUUUGGUUGGAGCUACCUCUAAUUAUUUUCAGUAUUCUCGCAGUUAUCUGUGGGCUCCUAGUAUUGCUUUUACCAGAGACAAAGGGAAUCUCCUUACCAGAGACAGUGGAGGAUGUGGAGCAGCUUUCAAGUCAUUUUGGUAAAUGUGGCAAGAAACGGAAACACCAGGCCACCAACUCUUAUAUUUGACCUUUGAAGGACAGCACAGAGCAAAGAACCGUGUUCCCAUACUGGGAAUUUGUUCUCCACCUGCCACCGCUUCAAAAUUUGCUGCAGGGUAUGGAUUAAACUCCAUGUUCUUCUUCUAAGCAUAAGGACGUUUAAAACAAGCAGUGUAUUUUUCUAUAAAUAUGGAAUAAAUUCAUUUUUUUCUGAGUAUGCUGUUUGCAGGAAGGGAGCACUCUGUGGUUCUUGGCAGAGGACAGAACAGCUUUUAAAAGAUGCACUAUCCAGCUCAGUGAGCUCUUAUUUAUUUCUUUAUAUAUUUGAGCCAUUUUUUUAUUUCUAUUGUUAGCAUAUACCUUUGGGUGGGGAGGGUUUCCUUCUCCAAGGGAAGGGCUUCUGCCUGCUCUCCCCUGUCAGGUGCUUUUCCAACCCUCUCUUUCAAGAGCAUGCUGAUUUUUUCCCUUCUAAAACAUGCUCUCUGCCCAUCCCUACAAGCCAAAUUCCCUUGCCCUGACCACCACCAACGGGACCUCCAAUUUCUGUCUUCUCUCCAUUAUUAUGAUUGUCAUCUUUCUGUCUUGCAGAUAAAUUAUUUGGUUUGUUGACAGGGAUGUUAAGCUGUCUUGGAAAGAUGGGCAGGGAUGGGGCAAGACCUUUGGUUAUGAAGCGUUAGCUGGUCCUGGUUGUUUGAAGCUGACAUGUAGCAGACUAGCUUGAAUCUGUGGCUCUGCAAGCAGGUAGCAGGGACAGCCUGCCUUCCCUUUCACCUGUAUGACCUUCUUCAUCAAGCACUGGGUACUGGCCACUGACAGGUAAACACUACACUCAUUACAGUGAAGGACUUGAAAAGAUGUGGUGUUGAAAAGGUAUCCUGUUACCAACAGAGAAUUAAAUAAACAUUAGAAAGCCUUGUAAAGGGCCUUAUAACCUCAGAAAAUAACAUAUUUGGCAUAAGCAAAUAUAGGACUGGGUUUUGAAGGUUCAUAGCACAAAUGAGUAGUGCUAAUUUCAUAGUCAGUGCAGCUGAAUGACUACUGCUCCAGUCUCACCACCUUGAGAGCAUAUAAAGGCAGGUGCCUGCACAGGGGGGUUUCCUGUGGUGGGCAGUACACUGUGCAUUUCAACAGUCCCCAGCUCUCCCUGCCUUUUCCCAGCAAUUGCCCAUACCACCAACCCUGCCUGCCGGAGGAAAACAGGACCUUUACUGGUAAUCUCAGCCCAAUGUUUGCAUACUUUGAGCAGUGAGCGAUAAAGGGAUGUGUUUCAAGGCUGUUUCUAACUUCCUCUGAGGCAUAGUUAAAGGUCAAUGGGAUGCUUAGUAAAAGUCAGUAGUGACUGAAAGAGAUGAAACUAAACGAGCCUCUCAUAAUAUAUCUGGCUAAUUGGCAAUAUCUAGAAGACACCCAAAACUGGAGCUACUGCUGCAGGGAGAAAACCCCUCCUACACCAACAGGGUCUUCUGCUGUAAACUCCCCUGGGGCUGGCUGGCAGAGACCAGCCCUGAACUGGAAGCUGUGGGCUUGCACUGGCUGGGUGCUGUGUCUCAGCACAGGGUGGGAGCCUGGCCACAGAGCUCAGCCCUGCCUUCCUCGCACCCGGCCAGCCUGCACCGCAGGCACGGCCCUCAGAGAGCCGGCGUGAGGCAAUCAGGUGCGAUGUUGCGUGAGCUGAGCCUCCCUCUUCCUUUUAACGUUUCUUUGUCAAUUUUAAAUUUUUUCAGUCGGUUUCUUAAACGCUGCAGCAGUCUGAGAAGGACUGUGGAGAUCAUCUAAAGCUACAGCUUGCCAAAGAGAUCUCAAUAUUAUUUGCCAGCUGCUGCUGUUUGUGGGCAACUAAAAUACGUUGAGAAGUGAGAGACUCAAAGACUUGUUUCUGGCCUUUCAGACUGUUCUUUGUUUUGCAUAGCAUCAUAUGUUGCUCAGAAGAGAAUAUCAGUGAAAUAUUUCAGUAUGUAAAAUGGCUAGGAGCAGUGUCAGAAGUUUGGAUGUAUUUAUUUUCUAAAAAUUCAUAUGUGCAGGACAGCAGGAAAAAGCCUGACUUCUAAUAUGAUAGUACUUAACAGCUUCAAGUAGAGUUUGUAUUUGGUAAUGGCUCCUGUGCUUUUAGCCCUAAUGGUGAUUUUGUAAGAUGGAAAAUCCUCCCAUCUCUGUGAGACUUUGGGUUGCCUCAUGAAGGCUGUAGAGUGGGUCGUAACCUGCUGUACAACCAGCGGUUUUGUGGCUGUGGGGUUACACUGUUCUGGCUGAGAGAGGACAAAUGAGGUGGUGGAAGCAGAGAGAGACCUUCAGUGAGGGAGGACCCCAGGGGAAACCUGCCAGGGUCGUGCAGACCACGGGGCAGGCUGCUUGUUUAAAAAGAGUUAUUAUAAAUUCAUAUGUGCCUCAAACCACUUAAUACAUUGAGCCUUACAGGAAAGUCCUACAAACAUCUCAGGUGGCAAAGCAGUGUUCUCUUAAAGUACAUGGGUUGACAAUAAAAAGGCUGUUGUGACCCACCUCAGCGAGAGGCAUCGCUU